AUGGCCACCCUCCUCCGCAGCAAGCUUUCCAACGUGGCCACCACGGUGUCCAACAAGUCCCAGGCGAAGGUGAGCGGCAUGUUCGCCAGGAUGGGCUUCCAAGCGGCCACAGACGAGGAAGCGGUGGGAUUCGCCCACUGCGACGACCUGGACAUGGAGCAUCGGCAAGGGCUGCAGAUGGACAUCCUCAAGUCGGAGGGCGGCGAGGAGGGGGGCGAGAGCCCCCUGGAAGGGGACAUCCACUACCAGCGAGAUGGCACCGGGCCCCUGCCGCCCUCCGCCUCCAAGGAAGGGGGUGUCUGCUCCGAGCUCUCCGGUCAGGGCAAGCCCAAGAUCACGGCUUGGGAGGCGGGAUGGAAUGUCACCAACGCCAUCCAGGGAAUGUUUGUUCUGGGCCUGCCCUAUGCCAUCCUUCAUGGUGGAUACCUAGGACUCUUUUUAAUAAUUUUCGCUGCAGUGGUUUGCUGCUACACUGGGAAAAUCCUUAUUGCCUGUCUUUAUGAAGAGAACGAGGAUGGGGAGAUAGUCAGGGUGAGAGACUCCUACGUGGACAUAGCGAAUGCGUGCUGCGCCCCCCGCUUCCCCACCCUGGGGGGCAGAAUUGUGAACGUGGCUCAGAUCAUUGAACUGGUCAUGACCUGCAUUCUCUAUGUGGUGGUCAGUGGGAACCUGAUGUACAACAGUUUCCCCAACCUGCCCGUCUCCCAGAAGUCGUGGUCCAUCAUUGCCACGGCAGUGCUCCUGCCUUGUGCGUUCUUGAAGAACCUCAAGGCAGUCUCCAAAUUCAGCUUGCUCUGCACGUUAGCCCACUUUGUCAUUAACAUCUUGGUGAUUGCCUACUGCCUCUCCAGGGCACGCGACUGGGCCUGGGACAAAGUCAAGUUUUACAUUGAUGUGAAGAAAUUUCCCAUCUCCAUUGGUAUCAUUGUCUUCAGCUACACCUCCCAGAUCUUUCUGCCUUCCUUGGAGGGGAAUAUGCAGAACCCCAAGGAGUUUCAUUGCAUGAUGAAUUGGACUCACAUAGCAGCUUGCAUCCUUAAGGGACUCUUUGCCUUGGUUGCCUAUCUGACCUGGGCUGAUGACACCAAGGAAGUCAUUACAGACAACUUACCAUCCACCAUCAGGGCAGUAGUCAACAUUUUCUUGGUGGCCAAAGCCUUGCUCUCAUACCCCUUGCCAUUCUUUGCAGCUGUGGAAGUCCUGGAGCGGUCCCUUUUCCAAGAUGGAAACAGGGCUUUCUUCCCCAACUGCUACGGGGGAGAUGGGCGGCUCAAAUCCUGGGGACUCACCCUCAGAUGUGCCCUGGUAGUUUUCACCCUACUCAUGGCCAUCUAUGUCCCUCAUUUUGCCCUCUUGAUGGGUCUUACUGGGAGCCUCACAGGCGCAGGGCUCUGUUUCCUGCUCCCCAGUCUUUUCCACCUCAAACUCUUGUGGAGGAAGCUCUUGUGGCACCAUGUCUUCUUUGAUGUCGCCAUUUUUGUUAUAGGUGGUAUCUGCAGCGUCUCUGGGUUCAUCCAUUCUUUAGAAGGCCUCAUAGAGGCCUUCAGAACCAAUGCUGAAGACUAG